CCACGCCCCGACUUCCCCGCCGCCUUCUCCCUCGCCCACUGCUGUCUACAACCCCAAUACCACCCAGACCGCCAGAGUAGACCGCAAUCAUGUCACGGAGAUACGACUCCAGGACGACCAUCUUCUCCCCGGAAGGUCGCCUCUACCAAGUCGAAUAUGCCCUCGAAGCCAUCUCGCACGCCGGAACAGCGCUAGGCAUCUUGGCCCAGGAUGGUAUUGUACUCGCCGCAGAGAGGAAGGUCACCAGCAAGUUGUUGGAGCAAGACACAUCGGCCGAGAAGCUGUACAUCUUGAACGACAACAUGAUCUGCGCCGUAGCAGGUAUGACUGCCGAUGCCAACAUCCUCAUCAACUACGCCCGUCAAAACGCCCAACGCUACCUCCUCACCUACAACGAAGACAUUCCCUGCGAGCAGCUCGUCCGCCGCUUAUGCGAUCUCAAGCAGGGUUACACGCAGCACGGAGGUCUCCGACCGUUCGGCGUGUCAUUCAUCUACGCCGGAUGGGACCCCCAGCGCCAGUUCCAGCUUUACCAGAGUAACCCCAGUGGCAACUACGGCGGCUGGAAGGCUACCAGUGUCGGCGCGAACAACGCCUCUGCGCAGAGCUUGUUGAAGCAGGACUACAAGGAGGAGUGCGAUCUGAAGGAAGCGUGCGGGCUUGCAGUCAAGGUACUCAGCAAGACCAUGGACUCAACCAAGCUGAGCAGCGAGAAGAUUGAGUUUGCGACAGUAGGAAGGACAAAGGAAGGCAAGAUCUACCACCACCUGUGGGGAGCGGACGAGAUCGAUGCUCUGCUGAAGGAGCACGGCCUGGCCAAGGCUGAGGACACCGAGAUGUCCGAGACAUGAGCAACACGACCAAUGCACGAUAUGAACAGGCGCAACGGAACGGCCUCUGCAUGAUAGACGAGGCUUGUAGUAUACCAUAUCAGGUGAGAGCUAUGUGGCAUCUUGUAGCGAAUCUCACUUCAUCAUGACCCGUUUGAUGUGUAGACGUAAUUUCUCUCUCGCUGACACGUGCAUCCAAUGGAACC